CAACUCCGACGCCCGUUUCAACUUGCACGUCUUCUUGUCUGUAUCACACUCUCCACAUAUACUGUAUAUUACCGUGCUACGCAAUGAGCGCGCGUCCCGCCUUCCAAGCCCUCUCCCGCGCGCGCCGACCCCUCAUCUCGCGCGCCACACGUGCCGGCCCGUCGCGGCUGAGCACGUUCCAGCCAUCUCGGGGUAUUCUGACACGCCGUGCCACAAGUUUCUGGGCUCCGAGCUACCCGCCCCCCGAUGAGGAGCACAAGAUUGUCGAUACCGCCAUGCCGCCCCUGCCCGCGCCGGGGGGAGGGCUCGUGAUUGAAACGCCUACGGCUACCAAGUCGCGGCGGAGGGAGCGGUAUCUCGAUAGCUUGAUGGACAAGGCGGGACACAUGUACCUCAAGUGCUCAAUUCUCGAUGCCAACGGCAACUGGACCGCCGAAGAAGGCACAUACCGCAAGAUGGACCUGUGCCGCGCGCACGACCUCGACCCCCGCGACUUGCGCAAGCUCGACAGCCUCGUGCCCUCCCUCGUACCAAUAAUCUUGACCCGCAAGUCUUGUAUUCUUAUUUCCAUCCACCACAUCCGCGCGCUCAUCAAGCCCGACCGCGUGAUCAUCUUUAACACUCCUGGCGCGGAGGAUUCGGAGGCCGCCAAGCGGUUCAAAGCCCACCUACAGGCGAACGUGCGUUCUGGCCUGGCCCCGCAGCACGAGGAGCGCGUAGAGGGCGAGGACUACGGGCUGGCUUAUGAGCAUCGUGCUCUAGAGAGUAUUCUCGUCGACACAGCGAAUGCCCUCGAGGAGGAGAUGGGAUUCAUUCGGCGUCUCGUUGACUCGCUGCUGGAGAAGUUUGAGCACGACAUUGACCGCGAGAAUCUCCGCCGUCUGCUGCACUACUCGCGUCGGCUUGCGGGCUUCCAGACGCGUGCGAAGAGCAUCAAGAGCGGCUUUGACGAGCUGCUCGACAGUGACGAAGAUCUCGCAGCAAUGUACGUGUCGGACCGCAUGCACGGCCGGCCGCGUGCAGUGCAUGACCACGAGCAACUGGAGCUCCUCCUCGAGAGCUUCACCAAGCAGGUCGAGGAAGUCAUCUCGGAGAUCGACACGACAGCCGCCAACAUGCAGAGCACCCAGGAGGUCGCUGAGCUCAUGCUCGACUCGGGACGCAACGAGCUCCUCGCCCUAGACAUCAAGGUGUCUAUGGCGACACUCGGCAUCGGAGCCGGCGCCCUCAUCCCCUGCCUCUUCGGAAUGAACCUCACGACACACCUUGAGAAUGUGGAGUACGCAUUUCUUGCAGCGUCGGGCGCGUCCUUCUCCCUCGCAUUCCUUCUCUACCUCUACGGCGCGCGCGUGCUGCGCAAGGUGCGCCACGUGAGUCUGGUGUCCAAGCCCAGCUCUCUGCCUCAGAGCGUGAGAGAGGCUAAGGAGCGCUUCGUGCGCGAGCGCGCAGAGACCUGGCGCUGGCACGAGGCGCAGGCCGAGACCGAGUGUGGCGUACAGAGCUCGGCGCUGUACGCCAAGGGCAUCCCAGACUAUGAGGCGCGGUGGGGUGCGGUGCGUCGCUCCCUACGCUCUCGUGCGUCAAUUUGGGACCGCCUCUUCCGCCCACAUCUCCUCCACCGCAAUUUGUUGGGCCUGAAGCGCGCCCCAGUCGUCCGCGUCAAGGCUGUAGGCAAGUCCAAGACUGCGGCAGGUGGCCCCGCGGGCCACGCAUCUGUUCCUGGCGGAAGUGGUGGAGCGUCCGCGGCAGCGACGCACGGCGCCGCCAACCCCAUCCCGCAGACCAGCGCGCACUCGCCAUCGCCAAUGGCGAGCCCAACCCGUCCCCUAACGCGGCGCACCACAAGCGCCCCGCUUGCGCGUGUCCUGUCGAGCUCGCCCGCGGAGGGGACGGAGGUCGGUACCCUGCCCGAGAAGGGCGACCGCCGCUGAAGGGCUCUGAGGCCGUAGCGAUUCCCAGCCGUCAUGAAGCGUCGGAGAGCAUGCGUUCCGUUCGCCCUCUGACGGACCCCAACCUUGUCGUAUUGACCUGGCGUCGAUGCGGCUACUAAACAGUUCGCCGCUGGGCGACUUGACCGACGGGUCGAGACGAGCUUCCGGGCAUGCCGAGAGCGCAAGCACGAGAAAAGGGUAGAGGACGAAGAUCAUAGAUUUAUAGCACCAACUGUAUCGACACACAUCUCACCACUCCAUAUAACAGCAUCAUACAUUGUAACCACUCAUGCCAUGCACACUGGUCACGAAAUAUCGCAU